ACUUGGAAUCACCUGUUGAUAUUUUGAUAUUUUGAUGUUUGUGUUCGCAGAACGACAAACUACAAUAACUGUGAGCUGCCAGCCACUACGAACAUCGUGGAUCGGCCAUUGACAAACAACAAUUAACAAGCCAUUGGCAACGGGCAUCGGGCAUCGGGCAUCAGCCUUCGGGCAUUGCAUCGUUUUAUCAGCGUUUAUUUGGAGCUGUGCGGCAAACCUGAAUCAAUCCCUCCCUUGCCCCCUCGCCCAGCAGCAGUUGAAAGUUUGUUUGUGCUGUUGUUUUUUUGUUCGAGUGAAAGCGUGUGAAAAGUAGCCCCUUAACAUUGGCUGUUGGCCAACAGUCAAGUCCCAGCCGAGGCCGAAGCCCCCAAAUGUCUCGCCCUUUCGUUGGGUGAGUCUGCACCAACACCCUGGAGUAGCCAUAUCCAUUUCCAUUUGCAUAUCCAUAUCCAUAUCCUGUGUUGCGGCCAGCCAAAACUUCCGGUCAACUGGCGUGAACAAAAUGAAACCGCAACUGUUGCAUCUAUCCAGCCAAGCUCCAACAUCUUCGAAAUCGAACUCAGCAUCAUCAGCCACAUACCGAGUUCAGGUGUAAGAAGUUUGAUUCCGAAUGUCUGCCACCGGUCGCCACAGAAUGGCCAGCACCACGACCACGCCCCUCAAUGCUGCAAGCAGUGGCAGUGGCGCCCUCUAUCGCCUGGCCUCAGCUGCCACGCCCACGCAGACGCCCACGCCCCACCAAAUGGGCACACAUCAGCUGUACGGCCAGUCGGCGCCAAAGCUCUACGCCGCCGGCUCCGUGGCCAAUGGAGCGGAACGCAGUCGCCUGCUGGAGCUGCUGCGAGCCCCGAACAGCCUCACAUCGCCCAGCCUGGAGCCAUCCUCGAAGGGUCUACUGAAUGGACCCGGCCAGAACAACUGUUUCCUCAACUGUGCAGUGCAGGUCUUGUGGCACUUGGACGCCUUUCGACGUUCGUUUCGAGGCCUGAACCAGCAUGUAUGCGGCGGCCAAGACUGCAUAUUCUGCGCUCUAAAGGAACUCUUCCAGCAGCUGCAGACCAGCUCGGAGCCGGCCCUCUGCCCGGAGCCCUUGAGGCGUGCACUGGCCAGUGGACCCUUGGCUGGGCGACGCUUCCCCCUGGGCUGCCUGGGCGAUGCUGCCGAGUGCUUUGAGCUGCUGCUGCAUCGCGUCCACUCGCACAUCUCGUCGGACGAUGGGGACUCGUGCGAGUCCAGUGCCUGCAUUGCCCAUCGCCGCUUCGCCAUGCGUGUCAUCGAGCAGAGUGUCUGCAAGUGCGGUGCCAACUCCGAGCAGCUACCAUUCACGCAGAUGGUGCACUAUGUGUCCGCUUCGGCACUGACAUCACAGAAGAGCCUGGCCAUGCAGAGCCAUCAGCAGUUGAGCUUCGGCCAGCUGCUUAGGGCUGCCGGCAACAUGGGCGACAUACGCGAUUGUCCGAACACGUGUGGAGCCAAGAUUGGGAUACGUCGUGCGCUGCUCAAUCGUCCCGAUGUCGUCUCCAUUGGCAUCGUGUGGGACUCGGAGAGACCGGCCGCCGAUCAGGUGCAUGCCGUGCUCAAGGCUGUGGGCACAAGUCUGCGCCUGGCCGACGUCUUCCAUCAGGUCAGCGAGCAGCGUUGGGCCCAGCAGGCGCAGCACGAGCUGGUGGGGAUCGUCUCCUACUACGGCAAGCACUACACCACCUUCUUCUUCCACACGAAGCUGAAGGUCUGGGUCUACUUCGACGAUGCCAACGUCAAGGAGGUGGGUCCCAGCUGGGAGGGUGUCGUGGACAAGUGCAGUCGCGGCCGCUAUCAGCCGCUGCUGCUGCUCUACGCAGUGCCCCAGCCGUCCAGCUCCUCCUCGGGCAUGGACCAGCUGCCGCUUGUCGGCUCACUGCCCUCUCCAGCUGGUUCCGCCAUGAGUGCGGCGGGUCUGGCCUCGACUGUGGUGCGUCGGGCGGUGACGCCCAGUCCGGAGAAGCCCUGUCUGGGCAGCACUCGACGCGCCAUCACGCCCACUCCCCUGCGCACGCCCACCAAUGACUACCAGAAUCUGAGUGUCAUCCAGAAGAACAUUUUCCCCAUGCCCAUGCCCAUGGCCAUGCCCAUGGCCAUGCCCAUGGCAGCGGGCACCGAUGAGACGGAUGCCUACAUCAGCCGCAAGACCGUGGAGCAUGUCCUGAGUGCACAGUACCAGAAUCUCAGCGUCAUCCAGGACAAGAUCAGUGCCGGAAGUGGCGCUGUGUCCACCUCGAGUGCGGACAAGGACGGCGGCUUCCUCAAUCGGAAGCCCAUCGAGGCGAUGCUCAGCGCCCAGCUGGCACGACGGCAGCACCUUCAGCUGCAGCGCAGCCACAGCGCCGAGUCGAGCUCCGGCCACGCCUCCAACGGCAGCUCACCGCCCAGCGAUGGCCUGACCAUGCCCGAGCACCUGAAUCAGCCGCGCAGACGCGACUCCGGCAACUGGUCGGGGGAUCGCAACAGCGCCAGCUCGGCCAGCUCCACGACGCUGGACAAUCCCUAUCUGUACAUGGUGGCCAAGCGGGGUGUGGCAGCGGUGCCGCAGAGUCCCACGCGGCACGGACUGCCCUACGACCCGGGCUAUGACUCGUUCUCGCUGAGCUCCACGGACUCGUAUCCGCCCAAGCAUAUCCUCAAUCCCCAGCUGGCCAAGAUACCCGAGGCAGCCAUGGGCAUGGGCGCUGCAGCAGCUGGCAAUGUUGCCGCAGCAGUGGGAGCUGGCGUUGGCGUUGGCCAUGGCAUGGCCCUGUCCGGGGACUGCGAGAAGCUCUGCCACGAGGCGGAUCAGCUGCUGGAGAAGUCCCGCAUCGUGGAGGAGUCGCACGAUCUGGAGACGGCCCUGGUGCUGUGCAACGCGGCCGCUGGCCGGGCACGUGCCGCCAUGGAUGCGCCGUACAGCAACCCACACACGAUGACCUUUGCCCGGAUGAAGCACAACACGUGCGUGAUGCGUGCCCGCAGCCUGCACCGGCGCAUUCUGGUGGAGAAGGGUGCCGAGUCGGAGGCGAUGCCCGAGCUGAAGCACAUGCGGGAGGGCAGCACCAGCAGCGUGAAGCACGUCCGGCAGAACAGCAAGGAUCGCACCCUGGAGAAGGAACAGAUCCAGCUGCACCAUCAGCAGCUCCUGCCCAGCGCCGUGUCCAAGAGCAUUGAGAUCUACGCGACGCUCCCGAAGCGGAAGAGUCCGCUCAAGGCACUCGCCGCAGCCGCAUCCGCCUCCGGCUCUGUUGGCAUGGACGACAAUGCCAUCGAGUACGAGCAGCAGCAGGUGGUGGCCAGCAGUCCGGCCAGCAGCCAGAAGCCGGAGCGUGAGAGUCGCUCUCUGUUCGGGCGCAAGGACAAGGACAAGGACAAGGAGAAGGAGAAGGAGAAGCGCAGCCGCAGCGAGGAUCGGAACAAGCUCACGAGGGAGUUCUCGCUGACGGAGACGCUGCUGGUCAAUGCCAAGGACACGCUGAAGAAGCACAAGGAGGACAAGGACGAGAAGAAGGAGAAGGACAAGAGCGGCAAGAAGCAGCACAAGAUCCGCCGCAAGCUGCUCAUGGGCGGCCUCAUCCGCCGCAAGAAUCGCUCCAUGCCCGACCUCACCGAGGCCGUGGACGAUGCCCCGCCAGCGGUCAGUGCCCAUCACCAUCACCUGCAGCUGCACCAUCCGUGCUCCCCGACAUCCGUGGUCGCCCUCAUGGGCAGCUCCGUGGACGACAGCGCCGUGGGUCUGGGCAAGCACGCCCUCGCCAUGAGCGGCUACAUCUCCGAGGGUCACUUUGACUAUCCCGGCACUGGGCCGUGCCACAACAAUGUGGCAGGUGGCAACAGCAACAGCAACAGCAAUGGCAUAGGCAGCGGCAGCAAUCCGAAUCCCAAUCUGGAGCGAAGCAAACUGAUGCGAAAAAGCUUCCACGGCAGCGGCCGGCAGCUGACGAUGCCCGUGCCCAAGGUGGCACCGCCCCCACCCAUGCGGACCAGCUCCGCCCUGACGCCCCACCAGCAUCAGCAGCAGCAGUUCCACCACGAGGCCAAUCUGUCGAACCUCUCCGCCAUGAGCUCAAACACCUCGAUAAGCGAGGACUCCUGCCAGACCAUAAUCACGACCUGUGCCCAGGUGCACUCCGAACAGAGUCCGCUGAAGGAUAUGCAAAUGUUGGGCAUGGGGCAGGAGGAGCUGCCACUGCCACUGCCACUGCCACUGACACCACCGAUGGAGCUGCCCCCGUAUCCGAGUCCGCCGCACUCAGUUUGCCACUCGCGGCAGGCCAGCGAGGACUUCCCGCCACCGCCGCCACCCGAGCUCGAUCUGGAGCCGCUGAAUCAGCAGCUCAGCCAGCUGCAGCAGCUGGAGGCGGCCAACAAGCAGCAGCGGCAGCAGCAGCUGGACUCGCUGGAGGGCACCACCAGCAUCCUGGCCCAGCUGCAGCAGCGCCAACAUCUGCUAAAGCUGCGCAAGGAGCAGACAGGAGCAGGAGCAGGAGCAGGAGCGAGCGCAGGCAACAGCGUGGACGCCAAUUGGCUGAAGGAGCUGCAGGCCAAGCAAUCGGCCGAUCUGCGAUCGAUGCAACGCAAGCUGGAGGCCUCCUCCCCGAGCAGUGUCCGCGAUCUGGCGCAUCGCUUCGAGCAGACGGCCACCAUUCGGUCGUACGCCUCGCAGGAACUCCUCGCCCAGCCACGCACCCAGAUGAACGGCCUGCCCAGUCAGGCGAAGAUCGACGCUGAUGAGGUGGAUUGUGCCGGACCAUCGCGCGCCUCUCUACCGCUGAUGCUGCCCAAGCCCAAGUACGAGAUGUCCCAGUCGCAGAUUGCCGAGGAGAUACGCGAGGUGGAGCUCCUCAACUCGAUGGUGCAGCAGACACUCAAUCAGAGUGCCGCCGCUGGUGCUGGGGCUGGUUCUGGUGCUGGUGCUGGUGCACCACCAAAGCGUGUGAAGAAAAAGAGCGUGUCGUUCUGCGAUCAGGUGAUACUCGUUGCAACCGCCGGCAAUGAGGAGGAUGAUGACUUUAUACCCAAUCCGAUACUGGAGCGUGUUCUGCGCACCGCCCAGCACCCAAACGAGAAGGUAACGGCCCAGAUGAUCCAGCAGCAGCAGCAGAACAUGCUCCGACUGCAGACGGAGCCACAGCCACGACAACAGCAGCAGCAGCAAGCAGCAGCAACAAUUACAGCUGCAANGCAGCAGCCCUCGCCCAUGCUGGGAAGACCAGUGGCCACGGACAUGCAGCGAUAUGUGCAGAGAAUGCAACAGCAACAGCAGCAGCAGCAGCAACAGCAACAGCAACAGCAGGAAAUGUACCGCCAGCAGCAGCAGCAACAGCAGCAGCAACAACAUCGCACCAGCAUGAGUGGCAUCGUCAGCCAGCAACAUCUGCAGCAGCAACAGCAACAGCAAGCGCAACAGCAGCACCAGAUCGAUGCCCAGUACACCAGCAUGCCCCGGCCACUGCAUCAUCCUCAUCUGUUGCCACAAACCUACUCGGUGCAUCUGCAGAAACAUCAGCAACAUCAGCUGCAACAGCAACAGCAGCAACAGCAGCACCAACAGGCAUCGCCGCAACUGAGCCUGGGAUACUUCAGCAAUGGCCAGGCAUCGUCCAACGAGCAAGUGCCGCUGCCUUCGCCUUAUCAGCGUGUGCCACUGCCACAUGGCUACCAGCAACCAGGCGGAACCUACUACCCCUUGCCAGCCCAACAGCAACAGCAGCAGCAGCUGAUUAUUGCCAAUGGAAAACCUGUCCAGAAGAAGGUCAGCUUUGAGCCAGGGACCAAGGGCGAAGUUGAUUGCCUGCCACCGCCACCGCCGCCGCCUCAAACCAAGUUGGCCCUGCAGAAUGGACUGCCCGAGUCGGCCGGCCCAGGCCCAUUAGCUCCUGGCACAACGCCGGCGGCCAUCACAGCCAUACCCACCCGCGUCUACAACAAUGCCAUCGUGAAGGCCUCGGCCAAGGCCGUGGAGUGUAAUUUGUGCCGCAAGCGGCAUGUGAUUGCGCCCGCCGUCUACUGCACCAACUGCGAGUACUAUCUGCAGAUGCUGAACCAGCGCAGAUGAUGCACACCCACACCCACAGCCACAACCACAGAUACACCCACACUCCCGCCCACACCCACUGCCGGGACCACGAUUGUCUCUAGUGUAACUUUCUAGCCGUACAUGGAAACUGUUAAUCUCAAGCAAUGCAAUGCUGCCACGUCGCCCCCUAAGGAUCCGCACAGGAUGUAAAUAGGUUGUAGGUUGUAAAACAAGAAGGAGGAGGAGGAGAGGAAGGAAGCUCGCUGCCAGGCGGAGGAUGAAAGAGGACGAAACUGGAGGUUCCCGCACAGUCCCUUCUAUGGUUCCACAUGAGAAGUACCAACUGUGCCCCCACCCCACGCCCCAUACCAACACACACGGACCCACACAAACUCAUGCACACACAUCAAUGUUCCCUGGCACACGCACACAAGCAUAUAUAUACAUUCGCCCCAUACAUAUAUACUUGCCCCGACCACACGAAUAAGGAAACGAACAUCAAAUGUCGCUACACAUCGAACAUCGAACAUCGAACUUCGAACAUCGGAUCAAUGCAUUCCCCGAAAAAAACAACAUCCAAGCACCCCCAGCCUGGCCAGCCCCUCCCCUCGCUGCCGCAUAAGUGUUUUUUUUUUGUUCUUUAUCAUAAAUAUUUUCUUAUUUGAUAGUUAUAGCCGUAUCGAUCCGUGUUUCGAUCCAUUUUAUUCAUAUGGUUAGCCAGAAGUUUGAAACUCAGUCGCUGAGCUUCCUUUUGUGAGCUGUUGUCCAACGACACUCGCAUCUCAAAUCUUUUUUUUUUCUAUAUAUUAGACUUAGGCCUACUUUUAAGUAUUACUUUAAAUUAUUUUCGAAGCAUACGAUUUUGAUUACAUUCUUUUUUUUUUAUCUUUGUACUUAAAUAGCAUUUACCGACAAUCA